UCCUCAGCGGACAGCAGAUAACAUCUUUUUCGCACCAGAUCCGUCCCUCCGUCCAUCCUCUGUCCCUCAUUUCCACUUUAGCUGCACCACAAGACUCCCUCCUAGCACUUUACUCCGAGAAGAGAGAUUGUUUUAUCCACUGUCGAGGUCUCGGAGGGAGAAAAGACAUCAGCAGCUGCAGCUAUGAAUGGCACAGAAGGACCCAACUUCUAUGUCCCUAUGUCUAACAAGACUGGGGUGGUGCGCAGCCCAUUUGAGUUCCCUCAGUACUACCUGGCUGAGCCCUGGAAGUACUCUCUUCUGGCUGCGUACAUGUUUUUCCUCAUCAUUACUGCCUUCCCCAUCAAUUUCCUCACCCUUCAUGUCACCGUCCAGCACAAAAAGCUGAGGACCCCUCUGAACUACGUCCUGCUCAACCUGGCGGUGGCUGACCUCUUUAUGGUGGUCGGGGGCUUCACAGUUACUCUCUACACAGCUCUGCAUGGAUAUUUCACCUUAGGUGUCAUCGGCUGCAAUAUUGAAGGAUUCUUUGCCACCUUAGGAGGAGAGAUUGGUCUCUGGUCUCUGGUGGUUUUGGCUGUUGAGCGCUACAUUGUGGUGUGUAAACCGAUGACCAACUUCCGCUUUGGGGAAAAACACGCCAUCGCUGGCCUGGCGCUAACAUGGGUCAUGGCCCUGACCUGUGCUGGUCCCCCUCUCUUAGGAUGGUCCAGGUACAUCCCAGAGGGAAUGCAGUGUUCCUGUGGAAUUGACUACUACACUCCAAAGCCUGAGAUCAACAACACCUCAUUCGUCAUCUAUAUGUUCGUCCUCCAUUUCUGUAUCCCCCUCUUCAUCAUUUUCUUCUGCUACAGUCGCCUGCUCUGCACCGUGCGAGCGGCUGCAGCCCAGCAGCAGGAGUCUGAAACCACCCAGAGAGCCGAGAGAGAGGUGACACGCAUGGUUAUUGUCAUGGUGAUCUCUUUCCUGGUGUGCUGGGUGCCCUACGCCAGUGUGGCGUGGUACAUCUUUGCCAAUCAGGGAACAGAGUUCGGGCCAGUAUUCAUGACUGCUCCGGCCUUUUUCGCCAAGAGUGCUGCUCUGUACAACCCAGUCAUCUACAUUCUGCUAAACAAACAAUUCAGAAACUGCAUGAUCACCACGGUGUGCUGUGGAAAGAACCCAUUUGGAGACGACGAAGCUUCCGCCACUGUCUCCAAAUCCCAGACUUCAUCUGUCUCCUCCACCCAGGUGGCCCCCGCUUGACCUGUGCCCCCUCACUCCCCCUCUCCGUCCCAUCUGUCCCUGCUCACCUGGGGACCCACCAGCGCCAAGCAGCACUACGUUCUAUUGGCCAAUCCUCUUGACUUACCUCUCCAUUUGUCUUCACCGCAGUGCCACUUCUGCACCUUCGGUGGGACCGACUUACUCAAGAGCCAGCAUGUAUACUUUCAAUCCAUUUAAUCAUGGAGUGUGUUCAGCUGGUCUCACAGAUUUUAACCCGGCAUCAAGGGGGUGUCAUCUUGGUGACCAUCCAACUGAACACCAUCCAAGCUCCCAAAACACAAAAUCUAAUUCACCGAGCCUCAUUGUAUAAUUUUAUCCACAUCAACUCUUAAGUAAUUGUUGCAGCUAUGUGUCUCCACAAAACAUGCGCUUUAAACAAUCAAUUUCAUGCAUACUCUUGUGAAAUUAGGCAUUCAUUUGCUUUGAUAUCUCAGAUGAGUUUUUAAUCCAUCAGAUUGUUCUUUCCUCUGGUCCCUCUGUCUCUCCUCUUGUUUUUGUUGUGUCGAAGUUGAGAUGUUAGCUUCCUGUCGGUGUCCUCUGAGACAUGAGUGUAAACAAAUGGACCUGAAAAGAGCCUCUGCAGGAUGAAGGAGCCUUUUGCAAGGGACUGGAUGUGUGCGUGAGUAGUGGAUGUUUAUGUAUUUGAAUGGGUGUCAGAAUGUCAGUGUGUGUCUUAAGAAGCUAUGGAGAUAUUGUUUUGUUCACUGUGUAAAGGCUAGGAUUUGUGGAAGUUGUUUUGUGUCCUGCAAUAAAAACAAAGCUAAAUGUC